CCCAGGGAGAAUGCUCCUGGAGUGCUGAGUGAGCCUGCCAUCUCUGACAGGAAUGACUCAGAGGAGGUUGUCACCUACAUCUCGGAGAGCAUGACAGUGACCUCAGCCGAUGAGGAGAAGCUGAUGCUGCUCAACAAGAACACAGAGCUGCGGCGCAUCAACAAGGAGCUGAUGAAGCUGAAUCAAGAGUGGGACCAGAUUUACCACACCACAUCCCUGGGGCUGCAGCAGAAGAUCAGGGCCCUGCAGCAGGAGGUGCUCACCCUGAAGCAGCAGACAGAGAGGCUCUCCAUAAAGUUGGAGCAUGAACAGAACAAGAGGGAGUACUACGAACAAACCCUGAUCCAGGAGCUCAAGAAGAACCAGCAUUUACAGGAGUAUGUAAGGCAGUUAGAAGGCAAUCGACACCACAGCAGGGAGAAAAGGACCUCAGCUGGUGCAGAGGUGUUUUCAUCCAUGCCCUGGGAGGAAUUCCCAGAUUUCCAGUUCCAACUUCAGAAGAAUGUGAAGGAGAAUUCUCCAAGGAAACACGAAGCAGCUGGUCCAAAAGUGCAAGGCAGUGACAGCUGCAAGCCCAGGAAGUGUCAGCACUUCCCACAUUUUAAUAGCAGCUCAGACCCUGAAAAAGAGGUGACAGACCUGAAGGACCAGCUGGAAGCCCUGAAGUGCCAGACAGAAAUUUAUGAGGCAGAUUACAGGACAGAACACAAAGACCGGGAGCGCAUCAAGGCAGAGAACGAGAAGCUGCGGAAGAAGGAGGAGGAGAUGAGGCAGCAGAUGGCACUUCUGCAGGAGCAGCUCAAGAUUUUUGAGGAUGACUUCAGGAAGGAAAGGUCAGAUAAGCAGCUGCUUCAGCGCCUCUUGAAGAGCAAGUCUCACCCCAAAGAGCCCAUCCUGGUUCAUCGCUGCAACAGCCAUGAGAAGCCACCAGCACCCAUUUCCUCUGCACACAGCACUUCUUCCUCCACACCCAAGCAAGGCACCUGCAACAAGCACUGUGAGAAGCAUGGCCCCAAGACAGGGGAGCAGACCAAGCAUCACCAGCCCCCAGAUGCUCAAGCACAGGCCUCCCCUUUCAACAGAGACUACUAGGAAGGAAAGACACAAACAGCAGACAGAACUCCAAGGCAGUCUCUUGUAAGCUAAUACAUCAUCUUCUGCCAUCAUUUCCAGCUGGGUCCAUAUUUCUAAUGCAACUAGGAACUAGUUGUAGUGCUGUUCUGCACCAGGCAGGCAAAUCACCACAGAUGCUUUCAGCUGUCACUACUGGUUACAGCUCAGACCAAAUCAGGGCUUGAGGGCUGAUCCAGUUCCAAUGCAGCAGAAGCCCAGAUGAACUGCCUUGCUUCCUCUCUUGUCUUUUGUCCACACCACUGAAAUAACAAUGGAGUGUUUGUGAGCAGGCCUUGAUGUGAACCCACCUCCAAAGGCAGUUCAUGCUCCCUUGCUCCUAGACCACCUCCAGCUUCAGGCUAACUUCCAACAUACUCUAGGGAGAUAAAGCUUGAAGAAGCACAUUGUCCCACACAUCAAGAAGGGCACUGAGAAAAAGGAGGCCUCAAGGUAAAAUUAGGUGACGCUUCUGUUUGCAUCUGAAAAGGGGUCAUUGCUCCUAUUGCUGUAAAAGGACUCCAGGCUCCUUUGCUAUAUUUUGUCCUCAAUUAACAGUGUCUUCCAGUGCCUCAUUAAGUCUUGGAGGACUUCAGCUCUGCUAUAGUAGCUCUCACUUACACCAGAAACUCAGCCAGAGAAAACCAGGGACAACUUGUUUUUAUUUAUUUUAACCUUUUCCCCUAGAUUUUAUGGAUGUGGAGCUUUGCACAAUCUAUUAAAAGUACAUACAAAUACCUUGGUUUCUAAGCGCCUGUCAGACAGGCAGCAGUAUGUUCUUUUCUUCAUUAGAAACCAAUGGCAGCUGACCCGGUAGCUCUGGAGAUAAAGUAAAGGUUUCUGUCUUCAAGGGGGUGGGGAAAGGUACAAUGUCUGGCCUGCAAAAGAGGAAACUUCCUUAUAUUUCUCCAUCUGUGCCCCAAGAAUGGGGUGAGGAGCUCACUCAUAUGGCCUCAGGAGCAGUUUCAUUAGUUGGUUGUGGCAACACCAGCCAGUCUGUAAUGUAGACUGCUGUCCAUUAGGAACUGGGCUGAAUGCAACUGGUCACAGGUUGGGCCCUCGCUGCAUUCAGACAGUGACCUAGAGCUGAAAGCCCCCAAAUCCAAGCAAAACCAACCUCCUCAGUAGGCAACUGUUAACAACAAAACUGUGUUGCUUCAAAAGGCAACCUAGAGGUGGGCUGGAUACCCACUUUGUUAAGCAUCUGUGGAAGGAUCUUAUGUUACGUUUUAUCUGAUGCAUGAUAGACACAUGAGCUUGUGUGGUUAGCCAAUGCUUCUGCAGGCAUCAGUGCUCAGAAACCAAAGUUGUGUGGCAUAAAUACCUAGAGCACAGAUAACCAGCUCAGAAAUACCAACAUACUAAGGUUACAGCCACCUCAGAAAUCCAGAGUCAUUCUGGCAUGAAGAGCAUCUACACACAGAGUUAUGAAUCCCUAGGUUUGGCAGGUUAGUAACUGGGUCAUGAAACUCUGAACACCUACUCAUAGGAGAAAUGGGAAGAGUCUUACAACCAAAGUCUGCCUUUAAACUCCAGUAAAAAGUCUCCAAAUAAGGAAAUUUUACUGCCUUCCAUACUAAGGGGAAAUACCAAACACCCAGUCAGCAAUACUAUGCCUCAAAGGUCUACAACAAACCCAAAAGAAAAAAAGACUCAGUGUUAGAACACUCUCCUUAAAAGAGGUCUCAUGUCCCACAAUUUUAUACCCAAAGACUACACCAGGGGAUCUCAAAGCAGAGGUUCUUCCAGGCAAAACAUUUCACAAACAUUAAGGCUCACAACACUGCUGGAAGGUAAGUUUUCCCCAGACAACAUAUGUGGUAAAAGAGGUGAUGUGAUUGGUAUGUCGUCACACAGCAAGACAGUAUCACUGGGAAAUGGAAUCCCAGACUGACCCCAAGGCCUAUAGCAGAUGUUUAUGAUAGUACUGUACCAAACAGUUCCUAUCAACAUCCCCAUCCAGACCCCACACUGUUACUGUGGAAAGGAUAAUGCUUAGUUAUAUGAGGCAGUUGCGUUAGAAGACUUGAGAGCCCACAAUUGAACAUGCAUCAAUUUGUAGAUUCAAAAAUAUAAAGUGGGUGUCAAAGAUAGGGCCCCAUCAUCCAGCCCCUGGUGCUGGCCCUGGGUCUUGAGUGGACCCACAUGCAAGUCUUCUAAUGUAACUGCCUCGUAUAACUAAGCAUUAUCCUUUCCACAGCAACAGUGUGGGGUCUGGAUAGGAAUAUUGCUAGGAACUGCAAGUCACACAUGGCAUCCCAUCUGGACAUUAGCUGUACGUGGCACCUGUUCCAGGACCCGUGCUGCAUGCAGCACCCACACGAGGCCAGUUUGAGAGGUGGGGCAGAAGUUGUCGAGCAAGUGUACUAAAGAGCCUUAUAACCAAGAACUCCGUUAAAGUCACAAACCAUGCAGAGCAUGGAACUCCAAGAAAGACCAAGGACUGGAUCAACUUCAGUGGGAUUUCAGUGCUUUUCAAAUGUAAUUCUAACCAUCAACCAAGCUCUGAUCCACCCAGUUCUUAGGCCAUGAAUCCAGUGGUGAUCAACAAGAGCAUUGUGGCUUUUAAAUAAAAGAUGUAAAGGGAAACAAAUCAGCUCAGAGAGAAGAGCAGCCUAUAGCAAGUGUUGCUGCAGGGGACACUGCCAGUAGCAAUUAAUCCAACAAACACAGCAAGCUGCAUGCAAAUCUUCCAUGUUGAACUGCUGACACACCAGCAUAUAUCCACCAAUCUUAAUCCUCCUCUACUAGCCUAGCAUCUCUCUCAAGUGCUUCUGGGACAGGAGCUUUUCCUUCAUAUUGCUAUUAUCUUGGACUUAUAGUCAAACCUUCAAGUUAGACAUGCAGCAGCACUAACAUACCAUCUAAAUACAGAAUAACUGGUGUACUGUAUGUUGGUCAAGCCAAAGAUUUUCCCUUUCAUUAGAGUAAGGCUGGUUAAAAUUAACCCUGAUUAGUGCUUUCUGUACUGUUUACCUGUGAUCUCAUAUGAUGUCUGACAGUCUGUGUAGACCGUGAGUUAAGUUGUGUUUAGCAUCAGGUCAGUUAGAAUGACUCCUGACAGUCAUGGGCCUCACACUAUACUGAAAACAAGGCCAGAGUAGACAGGGUUAAUGAUCUGAGUUCUUCUGUAAGCAAACACAAUUACAGGAUUUCAGUCCUCAGAAACCGUUUGUAUAAAACACCUGACAGUCCUUUUGCUCUUCUGUCAAUUCAUCACUAAAACAGCAGCUUGAAUUCCCCCCCCCACCUAUACAGACACCACCGCAGUGUUCAGCAACAAGAUGCCUCCACGGUUAUUGAUUUAGGCCCAAGAGUUCCUGGCACAAGUAUGAAUGAGAUUCAGUACUAGGACAAGCAGCCACGAUUGCUCAGAAGCAAGUGUCCUGGACAAGAUCUUGAUAGAAUUAAUGUGUAAGCACUCCAUUUUCCAAUGUGCCAAUCAAAUAGAUGCUAGUCUUUUGGGGAGUAAGGGAACAAUACGCACAGAUUUUCUAAUCUCACACUCCAAUCAGUAGAGGAAAGGGAGUGGAGACACCCAAGAAACUUUUCAGUAGACCUUUGAAAAGAGUGGUUGUAUUAGGAAACAGGAACCCCAUACUUCAAAGUUGUUUUUUAUAUGUUGUGCCUUAAAUCUGAAAGAAGGCAGAGGAAUUAGAACAAGCAGGUUAGAUUUCUAAGUGAAAUGCUAGCAGAAAAGCAUUUCAACUGUGCAUGCCACAAUUCAAGAAAUGUGUCCAGCCCUCAGCUGCUUAGCAUGUACUGCCCAAAGCUUCUUGCCAUACAGAAGAUAGGGGACUGCAACUUUAUAAAAGGACUUCAAAUGCCAGUAGGCUGCAGUUAUGAACAGUUGACCUCAGUAUUCCCCAAGGAAGUGAAGAUCCAUUUAAUAAAUCAACCUUUAAAAAGGGGAACAGUUCUCAUUUUAAGACCAACUGUAGUCUCUUUCCUCCAUGCUGCAGCUUCAUUCAAACAGCAGGAAGGAAGGAAAUGGUUACAGAACCCCCCAGGAGCAAAGGGCAACAGAACAGACUGGCACUGGGAGGCCAUUACAACCCGUCUUCAUAAAUUUACAGAUGCAGUAAGUGAGCUAGCAACAUACCCCACAACCUCUGCCCUGACAGAACUGAAAAUAUUAUGGGUACAUUGCAUUAAAGCAGGAAGAUUAUUUGGGAAGAAGAGACAGUGAUGGGAACUUAGCCAGCAAGGUAUGCUGGGGAUGUAAAGUGAAGAUUAAGAGUGUUUUCAUUUGACCACUGUUGGAGUGGUUAAGACAAGUAGUGUCGCAUUCACCUCAACGCUUGUUCCUUGCAGAUGCACACAUUAUGGUACAUCACAGUGACAUUAAUCGUGCAUGUCUUUGGGAGACAAAAGAACACAACAGGACCCCGUUAAAAUUUAGUUCUUGCAACAUGAAAUUACAUUUCCGUCUUGCCCCUAAAUCUUAAGCUCCAUCAACAGAAGAUCGAGAUACGGCCGUAAUAAGUAAUUAAAAGGUUGAGUUCUCCAAACCAGCCAAAAAUAGGACUUGCUUCACAUCCCAUUCCCUGCUGCUUGAUGAUGAAUAUCAACAGGACUUCUCUCAGGGCAGCAGGAACAACCCUGUUAGCACUGGUCUAUAAAACACUGCUGGUGCUAUAGCAAAUCCUGUGGUGGAAUGUUGAUCUCACAUGCCAAGGUUUCUUUGAUGCCAAAACUAAACACUGCCCUCUGAUGGCAAUGCCCCUCUGCAGCUUUAAAUCAAUCUGCUAUUUCAAAUAAAUACCAAGCAACAAACUGAUAGCAAGGAGCACAAUUCCGUUACAAGCUUGUCUUUGAAAGCAACCAAAACAAUGCUCCAUUCAGAACAGUGAAGAAAAACAGUUUAAAUCUUUCAUCACAAUGCUGUGCACCAAGUUAAACAGCUGGUAAACUGACACAAGGGCUGUUCUAGCAGACUUAUCACACAGGGAGGGAUACUCAUCUCACACUGGAGGGUGCGUAUUAUAAACAGCCAAGGACCUGCUUGAAAGUACCCAAAGCAGGUGAGCACCUAAGAUACUAGGUGCAGCUGUAACAUACAUACUAGUUACAGUAGCCCAGCUAACAUGCUUUAUUAACCCAUCUGAAAUUGGGGAAGUUUAGACCAUGAACAGACACAAUGAAAGAGUGAACUUCAGGUUACUACACCAACGUGCUCCACAGAAGACACAAGUGGGAUGAAGAAAGUCUACAUCACACAACAAUUUCCAUGGUAAGUAAUAUUUUCAGCAUUAUUCUGCUUUGUAUCUUAGCUACUGAAAUUUUACUUCAAGAAACUAGCAGCUUGUGAACUGCUCCAAGUUGCUUCCCCUUCUCUCAACACAUGGUAUUAGAAAAUUCAUUUUUGCAUCCUGCAACAGUAAUGUACAUCUUCCUACUUCUAUGCCUCAUUUAACCAUCUAACAUCUUACAGGUACAGCAUUCAAACCUGCUCCAAACUGCAACUGUCAUAGGAUGGUGAAAUUAAAACCAAAAUUAGGAAUGGAUGCUCAGAAUGUGGAGGGACAGGACAUUUUCUGCUUUCCCCAGCAGUAUUUGAGGUUUGAGAAAGCACGGAUGACAAGAGCAGAGGGCCAAGAAUCUUUCCUGGUAAUUGCCUGGAUGCUUCUAUAAUUGAAGUCCCCUAGAUUCAAGCAGCACAUUGGAGAGUUGCACUUGGAGAUUAAAAAAAAAAAUUCUCAAGAUUUCUACGGGCUGAACUUCAGAACAGGAGCUGCAAUGGACAGGGAUUACCUGAGGGGAGCUUUUGUUGUUUCACUCCCCCUUGUUCCUGUAUGGGAUUGAUUUGGGUUGGUAGCACAGGCUGGCCAUACUGGCAUAUCCCAUGCCAUAGCACGCACCAUACUAGUCACCUCGGGAGCACUAGAAGUCUCAUCAGCUUAUAUUAUCCACUCAAAAAACCUUCCAUGCGAUGAAAUGUCUGCAUUUUUAGUGCACCUGGGUAACAGGAAAUUUCACUCCUGCUGGAAUGCUGACUCCGCAACUCUAGGUUUCAAAAUAACCCUGACAGCAAAGGAUAUAGAUGUGCCCUGUGAACAGGCUUCAUGAGGCACUGAUGUUCAAUAAUGUAUAAAUUUAGAAAUGCUGGACAAUUCUGGAGGUAUUGUGUUGGGCUAAGUAAAGACAAGUACUUCACAUUUCAGACCCUGUGAAAAAUUUGCUUUUUACUAGUUUGUCUUGGAAGUAAAGUGAUAGGUUGAGGGAAACAUGAGGAAAGAACAAAUCAAAAGUGCUGGACUUUUUAGACUCAGUAACAUCUCACUCCGCAAACACCAACACUAACCCCAUCCAGUUCAUCACCUUAGAGAGUUCCCUUAACAACAGUGCUGUUCAUUUUUCCCAUGUUUAAUGGAGAAGCGAGACAAGUCCAGUAAAAAUAAAUUAGACAGUAAUGUAGCGUCACAAUGGUGUGCAAUACUGUCAGACUGGCUUUUUUCAGCUAACUUAGCUCAUGCACACAUGAUCCAGUCAAUGGAACAGACAUUGUUUCUCCUUUCCCUCUGCAGCACCUCAUAUGGAUGAAGACCUGGAGUGCAAGGACCAUUAAGAGGAAGCAGUGCUUUCUACUCUUUGCCUUUAAGAAGGAUGAUCUUUUCCCCACACUAUGGCAAGUUUCAAUCACAGCAAAAACAUUAAAAUGACUGAAAAUGGCUUUAUGGCUAAAAUGCCCUUUGAUCAAGUGAAUUCUGACACAAUUAAAAAAAAUCCCUCUCAAAUGAGGAUCUGGAAGUGUCUGAUUAAAAAAAAAAA